AUGGUCGAAAAGAAGGAGGAUCCGAAAAAACGCCGGGGCCGCUCCUCGAGCUCUUCAUCCUCAUCGUCCAGUUCGGGUUCGAGCAGCGGCUCAUCUCGCUCAUCCAGCAGCUCAUCGUCUUCGCGUUCUCGAUCGCCUGCCAAGAAUCGUGGUGGACCUCCGGCCCGCCGUCGCUCGCGUUCUGCUUCGCCGAGGCGUAGUGGCCCAGAUCCGGCCCCGAGAAAGACGAGCCCGGCUCGUCGCCUCUGCGUUCGACAUUUGUCGCGCAACGUUACCAAGGAACAUUUGGCGGAGAUUUUCGGAAUCUACGGCGACCUGAAGGCUUGCGAGCUGCCGACUGAUCGCCAUCAAAAUAUGGGCCGUGGCUAUGGUUAUGUGGAGUACGACACGCCGGAUGCAGCUGAGAAGGCGCUGAAGCAUAUGGAUGGCGGUCAGAUUGAUGGACAGGUUGUGUCGGUUGAAGCUACUCUGGGUCGCCGCGACGAUCCACCGCCAAGAGCUCGUAGUCCGAUUCGUCGUCGCAGCCCACCGCCUCGCCGCAGCCCGAUUCGUCGAUCUCGCUCACCGGCCUACCGCAAGCGCUCACCUCCUGGAGGACCGCGCGGAACCGGCGGAAAUACGAUCCCUCUUGGGAACAACAGAAUGCGUGGACACCGCAGCAGAAGCCGCUCC